UCAGAGUCCAACUUUCUACGAUACAGGAUACAUUCGGCAAUAAUCCUUACUGAUUAGGAGAAUUGAUAGCUUCAAUCUUUCAACUGCAUCUUUUUGUGUUAUCGUUCUGUUCACCCAACUAGUAGAUGCCAUCGAGUCUUCCAAGUGUUUGAGCUGCUUUUUAUCUUGGUUGCAGGUCGUGGUUUUCUCUGAAGUUGCUGCUUUAUUAGAACCUUUUCUGAUCCGUCAUCUUUGCUACUACAUACUUACUAACUGAUAUUAAUUCUUAGUUUAAUUUUAUCAUUUCGAUUCCUGAUAAGCAGCAUCGUUAAGUAAAAACACGUCGAAUUAAACAUUCACAUCAAGUCAGAGAUACUCAGCUUGUCUUCAAUGGCGGCCUUCCAUGCGAUGUCUUAUGGUGGCUACGAUCCCGGUUGGAUCGUCGGUAGAUCAGUUUUUCAUACUCCUAUGACCUUUGAUCGACACUCACAGUUUUACAACUCCCGCGGAUGGCCGAGGAAAUCUGGAGAAGUUUCAGGCCGCGUUCCUUCUCAUGCUGCUAAAACUCAAAAGGUUGUGGACUUGGCGAUUCCCAUCUGCUGUGACGAUUUCCUGGAGAAAGUUCAGAAAAAACUUGGAGCACUGGAGGGAGUUACCGCUGUUGACGUCGAUCGCAUGAAGCAGAAAGUGACUGUGAAAGGAAAGCUGAAAAUCGAAGAAAUUCUGUAUCAAGCGCAAGCUAUCAAAUCCAACGCAACGAUAUGGGAAGAUUGACCUGCAAUCUGUUCCAUGGUGCUCAGCUGCAGCAAGCUAUGCACAAGUUCGUCACCAUAAUUCUGUAGAAAUCGAGCUUAAUUUAGCAAAUAAAUUGUUCAGAAUACAUAUGGUGUACGAUUAUAUGUACACUUGUCCUUUUUAGCGUAUCUGAAAACAUUUAUUCCAAUUCAGGUUAUGGUCUGUAAAUGUUUAUCACCAUUUGCAUGCAGGUGAAAACAUAUCAAUCACUAUGCUCACAUUCUAAGACCUCAGUUGACAGGAUAAAUUCUUUCCUCGCUAGGAUUGCCUUUGGAUGUCAGAUUCAUUCAAGAGCCAGUGCGUUCUAAAUCUGCGAUCUGAUUCCUUCUUACUCAUCAUCAUGAAAAUUUAGACAAUACUAAGUUAACAAGUUUCGCUAUUCUCUGAAAAUCAACAUGACUUCUUUGAUUCUAAGGUCCACUUAUAGUGUUCUGGGAAUUUC